CACGCCAUCGUUUGGUAUCACAAAAAACCAUCGUUUAUUUUCUCUCUCUACUUCCCCUCUCAAGAUGGCAUCAUUACAUGAAAGUUUAAAUAAAUUUAAGAAGCAACAAGAGAAAUGCCAGUCAACCCUUACCAGCAUUGCAGCUAAAGCAGGGUCUUCUAGGGUAACAACAAAUUACAAGGCCACAACUGCAAGCACUUCUCCUUCAACCAAUACAAAAUCUCCUGCGCCAGCCGUCAAAUUCUCAAAUGAUACAGAGAGACUUCAACACAUCAACAGCAUACGCAAAGGCCCCGUAGGAGCUCAGAUCAAGCGUGUUAUAGACUUGCUGCUUGAGACAAGGCAAGCCCUAACACCAGAGCAAAUAAAUGAAGUUUGUUAUGUUGAUAUAAAUGCCAACAAAGCUGUCUUUGACAGUUUGAGGAAUAACCUAAAAGUGCACUAUGAUGGGAGGUGUUUCUCUUACAAGUCCAAGCAUGAUCUGAAGGACAAGAAUCAAUUACUUAUCUUAGUACGCAAAUUUCCAGAGGGCAUUGCCGUUAUUGAUCUCAAGGAUGCGUACCCCAACGUCAUGGAGGACUUACAGGCCCUGAAAUCUGCUGGUCAAAUUUGGCUGUUGUCAAACUUUGACUCACAAGAGGACAUAGCAUACCCAAAUGACCCCCGAGUUCCCAUCAAGGUUGAUGAUGACCUGAAAUUGUUAUUCCGGGGAAUUGAACUACCACGCGAUAUGAUUGACAUUGAGAAAGAUCUUCAGAAAAACGGAAUGAAGCCUGCCACAAAUGGAUAUAAAAUAUAA